GAUGAAUUUAGUACAAGACUGUAGCCUUUGUUCAGCCUCCACAUCUGUUUUCUCUUAAAGCAGCGUAGACUGAAAUAAUGUUUUUCACCCCUUACUCUGUGAAGGCGAUAAAUUAUUGCAGAGUACCCCGGCUCGCAAGCGGGCGAGCGAGAAAGCCAGUGAGAGUGUUUUAACUUCCUUGCUGUGAUGCCCCUUCAUUAAAGCGGUAAACGCUGCGUUUCACAGUGACCGGCCCUGACUGCAGCUGCAUGAGAGCAACUGCGGACUGUCGGAGGGUCACGUCAGACCCAUAAGAGGCGGGAUCAAGAUUAACUUUUUUGCGAAAGUAGUUCUUGGAAGCAUUUGGACCCGACUGUCCGACCAACUCGAUUGUGCAGGUGUCUGUCCUUGCCUUGCUGCAGAACCUUACAGCCUUGCUUUCCUGACACGGUGCAAUGGAUCCAGAGACGGGCCUUCUGCAUCCGGUAUUCUGUGUAGGACUGACUAUUCUUUUCUCGUGUAUCAGGGCAGACAUGGCUCCACACUUCUCAGCAGAGCCCCGCUCCACAAUACAGAAACUAGGUGGACGGGUACAGCUUCGCUGUGCUGCAGAACCUGCCUGGACUUUCAUCACGUGGCACUUCAAUGGACAGAAAUUAACAGAUAGUGGCCAAAAUGGAAUAGAGAUCCGAUCUGGAUCAUUGAUUAUUUCUAGCUUGCAAAUGUCCCAUGUUGGGAGGUACCAGUGCGUGGCAAGCAGUUCCUUUGGUGUUAUAGUGAGCAGCCCUUCUUUCGUUACCAUUGCAAGCUUAAGUGAUUUCCAAGCACCCCGCCAGCGAGUAGUUACAAUAGAUGAAGGAAGCAUGGGUAUCAUAGAAUGUAAUUUGCCCAACAGUAAACCAUCAGCGCUCGUCCGUUACCGAGUGAGGGGAAAAUGGCUUGAGCAAUCUACAGAUAAUUACCUUAUCCUUCCCUCUGGAAACCUACAAAUACUGAACGUCACAUUGCAGGAUAAAGGAAGCUACAAGUGUGCAGCUUACAAUCCAGUUACACACGAGAUGAAAAUGGAGCCCACAGGCCAUAAAUUGAUGGUUAGGCGUUCUGGAUCCAAUCCUGCGCACAUCAUCUACCCCACAGUCCCACAGAAUGUAACAGUGAUUCAGCACAGUCCACUGAUUCUGGAAUGCGUUGCAAGUGGAGUUCCAACUCCACACAUUCGAUGGCUGAAAAAUGGUGUGAACGUGUCUGGGAGCAAAAGGUUAAGACUCUUUCAUGGUAACCUGGUUAUUGAUCAAGUUGGAGCAAAAGAUGCUGGGAGUUAUUUGUGUAUUGCUGGAAAUGGAGAGGGUGAACCGGUAUCUGCAAACUACACAGUCAUUGUUCAUGAGCCUGCAACAAUAGUCAAAGGAUUGCAAGAACUGACUCUACCUGUGGGAUCCACAGCGAUUUUAACUUGUGAUUUUCAUGGAAACCCUUUGCCAAAUAUCACUUGGUACCACAACGCAGCCAUUGUCCAAGAUGGCCUUCGACACUUUCUCUCUGGGAACAGAGUGAAGAUUGUGGAACUAAAUACAGAGGAUGCAGGAAUGUAUCAGUGCAUGGUGGAAAAUGGCUUCGGUUCUAUGCAAUCAUCAGUGCGGCUCAUAGUACAAACAGAUAGAGACACAAAGCCUGUGAUUAUCGCCCCACCCCCGAAUAUAAGAGUGACUGAAGGAGAUUUUGUUAUACUAACUUGCAAUGCCACUGGGCAGCCCACACCCAUUAUCCGCUGGUUUGAUCGUCACGGACUGAUUAGCAGCCAUCCUUCUCACAUUCUUCGGUCAAAAUCAAGGAAUUCUCAACUAUUUGGUGCAGGCAGUACAAACUCCAAUACUCCUCGCCUCACUGUGUCCAGAGCCGGAUCAAGCUCUCUUUACAUACGCACAGCGUCAUUGGAAAGUUCUGGGCAAUACAUCUGUGAAGCCUCCAACAAAAUGGGUUCAGUUCAAGCAGAAGCCUCCCUCUCAGUUGUUGAAACAAAGGCCGGGGUUGAUGACCUAGAGUCCACAAUUGCAGCGAGAGGCUCCGAUAUUGUUCAGAGUGAUGAAGGUGAUGAAAGCGUAGACUAUGGUUAUAACCACGACAUUGUGCCCCGGCAACAGCAGCCAACAAAGGAGAUUGUUGCCCCUAAGGCGACACAGAGGACGGACGUUGCCUCCCCACCUGAUGCCCCCAUCAUUCUCAGCGCUCCCUAUACCACUAACCCAGAUAGUUACGAUUUGAUUUGGAGAGCGGGGAAAGAUGGCGGCUCGCCCAUCAAUGCCUACUUCGUCAAGUAUCGCAAGCUUGACAACAGCGGGAAUAUGUUGGGAAGUUGGCACACCAUCCGGGUUCCUGGUAGUGAGAAUGAACUGCAACUCGGCGAGCUUGAAUCCUCUAGCUUGUAUGAAGUGCUAAUGGUUGCACGGAGUGCCACUGGUGAAGGUCAGCCAGCUAUGCUGACAUUCCGAACUGGGAAAGGGCGAUCCUCGACAUCGAAGGAAAACUCUCGGACACCCUCUCAACCAGUGGGAGUCCCCAAACAAACAGCAAUCGAGGAUAAGAGCAACACUAAUUUUGGUGUGGUAAUCCACGAUCCAGCACGACACAGCGGAGUACCUGAGGCACCAGACCGACCCACCAUCUCAACUGCCUCAGAAACAUCCGUGUAUGUGACUUGGAUCCCAAGAGCAAAUGGGGGCUCCCCCAUCACCUCCUUUAAGGUGGAGUACAAACGCAUGGGAAGGAAUAGUGACUGGCUGGUAGCAGCAGACAGCAUCUCUCCAUCAAAACUCUCUGUAGAAGUGCGAAGUCUUGAGCCAGGUGCCACGUAUAAGUUCCGUGUGAUUGCCAUCAAUGCCUACGGUGAGAGUCCAAGAAGCGCAGCGUCCCGGCCAUACCAAGUGGCAGGUUUCAGCAACCGGUUUUCGGCACGUCCAAUCGCAGGCCCUCACAUUGCUUAUACAGAGGCCAUCACAGACACACAGAUCAUGCUGAAAUGGACGUAUAUUCCAUCAAGUAACAACAACACUCCCAUUCAAGGAUUUUAUAUCUACUAUCGACCGACAGACAGUGACAAUGACAGUGACUACAAGCGAGAUGUCGUGGAAGGAAACAAGCAAUGGCAUCUCAUCAAUCAUCUGCAGCACGAGACCUCGUAUGAUAUCAAAAUGCAAUGCUUUAAUGAAGGCGGUGAAAGUGAAUUUAGCAAUGUGAUGAUCUGUGAGACGAAAGCUCGACGGCCUCCUGGUUCCUCUGUAACUGGAGAUGAGUUGAGUACGCAGCCGAAUCUUAUUGAUCACCUGGGCGGUGGACAUGGGGCAUCCUCCUCAAGUACACGGAGCAGCGACAUGUUAUACCUGAUUGUGGGCUCGGUGCUGGGAAUCAUGGUUCUCAUCCUCAUUAUCUUCAUUGCCAUGUGCCUGUGGAAGAAUCGUCAACAGACAACACUACAGAAGUAUGAUCCUCCUAACUACCUCUAUCAAGGCCAGGAAGUAAAUGGGCAACUGAUGGAGUACACUACUCUACCCGGCACCAGCAGAAUCAAUGGAAGCAUCCAUGGCAGUUUCAUUGGCAACGGGAGCCUAAGCAAUGGUUGCCCACACUUGCACCACAAGGUUUCCAAUGGAAUGAAUGGACUAAUGAACGGGGGGAUAAAUGGAGGGACAACGCUCUACCCAGCCAGCCAUACAAACUCACUGUCAAGCACCCACAUGGACUGUGACCAAGUUCGCCAUGUUAUGAAUGGAGGCGGCAUGUACAACGCACUUCCACAGACAGAACCAUCAGAGUGCAUCAACUGUCGCAACUGUAGGAAUAACAACAGAUGUUUCACUAAACCCAAUGGCACUUUCCCCAGCAACAAUCUGCCCAUGAUGCAGCUAACACCAACCUGCCACGAAGACAGCAUGGAGAUGGUGCCUCUAAAUCACAUCAUUGCUCCGUUAUGCCCUGGAAUCAUUGCCGCUGAAAAUAACAGUGAGGAAGAGUACGAUAGUACAAAAGAAAAUGCUGAACCGGCCCCUUCCCAAGAGUCUUGCUGCAAUGAGAAUCAAGACCAUUCAAUUGAGGACAAUGUGGAAGGCAAUGAAUAUCCCAAUUUGGAAAUUGAGAACCAGACUCUGAGCUGUGAUCCUCCUUCCAACACUAAUCCAAUGGACAAUGCAACAGCCUGGAGUACAACAGGACUUACUGAAGGCAACACUUGCAAGGACACAACAGAAGAACUAAAUACAACCUAGGGACCCAUUCAUUCACUGUUGCCUGAAGCCUAUAACUGCACCGAAGUCACUGAAAGGACCAAGGAGGGAUCAGAAAAUUAUGCUAUUUAUUUUUUUGUAGUAGUAAAAUAUUACUCCCUAUGAAUGUAUUUGAUUUUAAAGAUGUCUUCGCCUUUUUUUUAAUUAUUUAUGCUACAUGAGGAGAAAUUCCUUUUCUGCAGAAUGUGGAGUUUUAGCCUUAUUUUGUAUAAAGUUUUGUAAUAAUAUAAAGACAGAGGAAGCUAUAGAAAUUGUUAAUUAAUAUUGGAUCAUACCUAUCUGGUGGUUUGACAAGCACUUGGAAGGAGGACAUUUUGAGGUUCAAUGGCCAGACUGUGAGAUGCAGGAGCUGAUCCAUGCAAUGACCCUUGGGGCGAGUGCUGCAAAUAGUGGGAAUGGGAACCUGUGGGUAAUGCAGAGCGACAAUAGUUGCUGAUAUGUAGAUAAUGGGACUGGUAAAAAGAAAUGCUCAAUCCCGUCAGACAUGCUUAUUAAACCAACUCCAUUUACAUGGAUCAACUUGAUUCACAUCGGGUUGAAAUCAUCCUCUUCUCUGGUUUGCAUUGUACUCAUGAAUCUAUUGCCGUCAUAUAAUAAUCUGCUUGUUUUAAACAAAUCAACAAGUUAGGAAGAGAUAAGGCCGCACCACAGGCUAAGUUUCAGCAUGUCCAUUUUGUGCUACACCUGGUGUUUCCAUCACUGGCUGAAGACACAUGGCCAACUCAGAUGAAAAAUCCCACCUUUCACUGCUUGGUUUGUGCUGAGUAUUUAGACUUGUUUUUCUAAUAGAACAAGAAGUCCCAUGUACAAUAAAGUAUUCAAUGUCCAUGAAAAGAGAGAUGCAACUGCCAGCCAAUAGCUUCACAGGUCUUUACUCAUAUAAAACAGAGACGUGCAGCAGAUUCAUCUGCACUACUAACGUUGUUAUAAUAAUGCUUUUUAACAAGGAGUAUGACAGUUUUAAAUGUACAGCUGUAUAAUUAAUGCACUUUUUGGAUGCAUUUACCCAGCUGUUACAAUAUUGACUUAAUUUUUAAUUGAGGUGAAAUGAAGUUUCAUUGGCACUGUUUGAAUUUGGUUGACAUUGCAGCUGUAUAUAUUACAGAUCCAGUGUGCAGUUUCAUGAUCUCCUUUCAUUCUAUUGUGCAUUAUAUAUUAGAGUGUAGAUGAUUAUUAAUGUAUCCAGUCUCCAGGUACUCUUGCUCAUGAAUUGGUUGCAGCAGCUUUGACUCUGGGUGUCCCUGGGUCCAGAGGCUUCCAGAAACUGCACUUUCCCCAAUCCAACCAUAGGUGUUAAUUAACUUUUUAGUGAGGUAACAUGGAGAAAAACACGAACCUCUGGUUCGGGCAACUUAAGCCCAAUGUAGCCAUUCAACUUCUGGGACAACUUGAUGCUUUCAAUGGGACCAUAAGUAUGCUAAGUUUCUCUUUCCCCUGUUGGUUAUGUCUCUUCUCCUUAACGGGUUUAACUUAACAUAAGACCUAGACCUGUAUAUUCAUGGGUAUGGACACCUUCCUUAUAGUCACCCCAGUUAUAUGAUUUCCUGACCACUCAUCUACUGACCGCUCCUUAUCAUUACCGACCCACCAUCACUACUCCAACCUCAAACUUUGAAACUCGUUCCUUGCAUAACCGCUAUCUGUCUUUUUAUUUGCAUUUGGUUCAUCUUGCUAAAAAUAAAUUCCCCAAGUUGUAUCCAAACUGCUGGCAGUUCACUAUAAUCCACUGGCUGGUGAAACGACUCUCUUCCUGUGUGAUUUUUUUACUCUGGGUUGGACAAGGACUGCAAGCAAUUGGUUAGGAGCCAGUGUCAGAAUAAAACCAAAAUAAAAAUACUCAAUGGCUCUAUCAGAGUUUAAAAGAAACAAGUAAAUCAAUGUUUUAAGUGGGUUUCUGUUGGAAGUGUACAAAUUUGUUUGGUUGGAAAAAAUGUAAAUAUCAAGGUUAAAAUUUCUUCUUUCCAAAACAUUGUCUGUUCAAGGAGUUUGCACUUUUCAACCUCCUCUGGCUAACCCACCGCAGCAAAGAGGGAAGCUAACAUAGACCAUCCUUUGUAAUGCCUCUUACUGACCCCCAAAGGAUGAUGUGGGCAAAUAUUUAAUAUUUUAUCAAUCAUGUGACUUUAGAAAGGUUGUAGGUUGUUCCGUUUUUCUUGGAUCACGUUAUAAAACGCCUGAUGCAGGGAUGGCCUUUCAAAUCUCCCUUAAUCCCAGAGUUCGGAAGAUUAACAGCCCAACAUUUAUUAUAACAUAUUAUUAGAACAUAAAACAGUACAGCACAAGAACAGGCCCUUCGGCCCACAAUGUCUGUGUUGAGCAUGAUGCUAAGAUCAUCACUUAUCUACCUGUACAUAACCCAUAUCCAUCCAUUCCCUGCAUAUCCAAAUAGGUUUGUGUUAAAUACCUCUCCAUUAAAUAUCAUAAAAAGGUUAACAAUUAUCAAGAUCUGUCAUUCCAAGCGUGGAGCAGUUAUUUAUUCCAAUUGAGCACUCCUGAUUCAUAGUCUCACGUUGGAAAAUCAAAGGUCCCACAUUUUAUUUUGUCAUGAUAAGCAAUAAAUAGGAGGGUACACUUAGCCGGUCUUCUAGUCAAGUCAAGUUUAUUCGUCACAUACACAUACGAGAUGUGCAGUGAAAUGAAAAGUGGCAAUGCUCGCAAAUUGUGCAAAAAAAAAAAAAACUACAAACAAUGGAGCAGAAUCACAUAUUACAUAUUUGUGGGAGGGAAGAAAAAGGAAAAAACUGCAAUUUUAAAAAGACACUGGGGGUAGGUGGUUAGCACAUUGGAUAGGUAUGUCCAAUGCUGUUGUAAACCUCCACUCUGGACAAGAGAUGAUAGUCUGAGCGACUGCAAUGUUAAAGUUAGUUUAUGAUUUUCUGCCAACAGGAAGCUGUGUAAAGACUAUUCUGGAGCCUCUCAGUUGUAAAUAUUAUCCUCAAAACCCAUCACUACAGUCAGAUUGUCUCCAAAAUCCCCAGUAAUGAUUCAUUAUUAAAAAAUCAAACUAAGUUUUAUUGUACUCUUAUCUUUCACCCUCUAUUGAAAACAAAUAGUGCUGGUUUUUAAAUGCAUGUUUUUGUAUUAUAUAGAAAAUGUGCUAUAUUUUCAUAAAUGGUUGUAAUAUUCUUGUUGAAAUUGUACAUAUUUUUCUAAAUAUGAUAGCUCAGUGAAAUGUUUGUAAGAUACUGUUAAUAUUAAAGAUGAUGCUGUUGCCUCCA